AUGUCGACGAACGCCCGUUGCGAGCAACUCUCGUAUGACACCCGUGAGGCAUUGUCUUCCGAGAUCUCGAAAGGGUUGCAAUUUCUCAAGUACGAAUCAGUCGAGGGCAUGGGCCGCGACUGGGAAAAACUGGUCGGCACAAAGCUUGAGGAAAAAGAGGUACCUCGCAGCUACACAACUAGUUGAAACUGCUGGAGUUGCUGCUACGAAGGGUUGUCGCUAUGAUCAUCCACUGUCUGACUACAACUUUAUCUUCGCCUUAUUUCCGAAACAAAGCGCUCUGUAGUACUUGUUUACAAAUCGCUGCACAGGGCCGUCGCUUGCAGCAACCUAUGGAAGACAAAGCAGUUGGCGCUGACAACCAAGACAUCGACGAUUCAGUCAUCAGCGUGUUGGACCCUAGCGAAGCAGAAGACCAAGAAGGAGCUGCACAGGAAAUAUUAGAGAUGGAACAGAAGGCCCACAACGAAAACCAGCGCCCGAGUCCGGACACGCUCGGCGACACGCAGUCCUCGAUUUUGCUCGAGACAACGAGAAGCAUGGAAACGGAGGAGAAACACGACGGGAAUGUAGUUGUGCAGAACGGCAGCGAAUGCUGCGACCACGGCGCGGAUGUUGUCCCGGAGGAAGAACAGAUUCUUCUAGACGAGACCGCAGCCGUCCUCACACCGGAGGACGACGCUAUGUCGGAGUCGUCACUCCGGAAUUACUCUUUCGGCAAGUGCCUCUCGUCGCGGGGAGCCGAUGGGAAGGGGUCGGAAGCCGUGCUGCGAACGGAGCUCAUGCGGCAGGUAAAUAUAAAUUGCAUUUUCUUUUUCCGCAACGCCAAAGUCGGUACUUCGUACUUCUUGUUAAUAGUCUUAAUGUCGUCGCUGAAGUCGGUAGUCUUCAUGAUGAACAAACACGACAGGUUCGUUUGCAGAAGAAGGAGAUCGAGCGGCGGGACAGGGAGUUGCGGCGCGUGGAGACCGCGUGGAGUCACGACGUGUCGACCUUGCGACGACAGAUCGGUUUGAUCGCAAUGCAAAAAUGUCGCUCCCUGACGAGCAGUUUAGAAGACCGAAUUCCGUCCGGCAGUUGCAGGGAGCUGCUGCAGGCGAGUUUUACGAGCACGAGCGGUCUGUCCUUGACAAGACCCGGGUCUGCUGUUGGAGACGUUGAUGGCAGCUCCGCUCCACAGCUUGAGCAGGCUACCUUGUUCCCCAAUCUGGCGAACCAACACGAUGAGGGAGUUGCACCGUGUUCGACCUACGCUCUUGCGCCAGAAAUAGAAGACGAUGCGCCGUCGUCUAACAGUUCUUCGUCGAGUGCUGGCAGCUGCGACAGCUCGGCGCCAGCGGAACCCCCGGAGCAUCAUAUCGUGGAUGACCCGGAUACUGAAUACGACAGCGGGCAUGAGAUGCGCCUGCACGGCGAAAGAGAGCUCGUGGAGUCGAUCCUGAGGGAUGAGGAUCAUGAUCUGAGAAUACAAGAGCUAGAAUCAGCCCACGAAUUGGAAUUGCAGAUGAAAACAGGUACCACGAACAGUAUCGCGCUUGACAAGCCCGGAACGAAAAGCAGCUUGAUGUCCCAUGAGGACCACGGGGAGAUUGCGGACGUUGACCUGGUACUAUCAAAAGAUACGACAAAGAAAAUCAAAAUUUAUUUUUCCAUGCUGGCGAUUCUCCUUUGUUUUUCUAAAUUUGCUUCUCUCACUCUUCAGACAGUCAUGAGUAACGUUCAUUCUGUCACGGGACUAUUCCUUACAGGAGCGAGCUGCAAACCGUCUCGGGCAAGAGCAGCAGCUCGAGAAGCGUUUCCAGGCUCUGCGCGCCAGCGAUCGGGAGCCAUUCGACUUCUCGGAUUCUUCUGGAACCACGUUGCGAUCGGAGCUGAAAGAUUACUCAUCCACGUUUGGCGCAAACCGCACGGUGCGGCUUCCCGGAAUCGAAGAGCUGACUCCAAUGACCGUCGAGCUUCACCACGGCAACAGCGGCCGAGGAGUUGCAGAAUCUAGUGUCGUGCGAGUGGGGUUGCCUUCCUCUCGCGUGCAUUCUCAACAGGAAGCGCAUCAACAUCUUGAAAUCCAUUUGGCCGACCACCAAAACAUGACUCGAGGAAUGAAAAAUGUACCAAGCUGCAACGUCGUGGAUAGAAAGUCUGUCAACAGUUGUGAACAUCCACCGGCGGGAACCUCUUCGCGAGCGGUUUCAUCAUCAGUAACGACGUUGAGUAAGGCUUCGGACGCGGUGGUAGCGGAAGUCAUACCGCCUCAUGAUCGAACCGCGACGACGGAAAGCCAAAGCCAGCAUGUUCAAACUUUGUCCGCUUUCAUGGAAUCUGCUGACUUCAGACGCCACGCCGGGGCGACGCCGCACCACUCCACAACUGCUGCACUGGAAGUACAGCAGGAGCAGGUACUACACCAGUAUAAUUCCGGGCUGCAACCACGACCAGCGCUCCCGGAGCAUUCCGCCGGAGGCGCAGACGAAAGAAUCCGGAGUCAGGUGCCGGUUCCUGAAAACACUCCACAAAUGCAGCCAUCCGACCUAGAUCCGAGUUCGGAGUCGAAGGGGAACAACCGACAUCAUGAUCACGAACAGCAGCAAGGACACGUAGUGCGACGCACAACAAGCACAACUGCUGUUCCCCACUCGCAUCAAUCACGCUUGAAAGUGCCGUACCCAGAGCAGCUGCAGCACCAGGGUCCGCUGUUCGGCGAUGAAUUGAGCCCCAUCGGAUCGAGCGGCAUGAACCAACGCACCACGACACUGUUGGAGGAGCAGGAUGAUUGGAGCCAUCAGUUCAGCGGCCGAGGAGGGGGCGGGGGAGACAAGGGGAAACAGAAGCUGUUUGUCUCGGAGCAGGGCGAGCGCGGGAUAAUGUCGACCAAAAACUCCCGCCUCUACGAUCAGGAACGCGAGGAGGCACUGCGGGUCCGGGAGGAAACUGUAUUGGCCAGGGAAGAGCAGGUACAUAAGUGUUGAAUCCGUGGUCGUUAUCGUCGAAAUGAAUGCAGCGUGUCAAUUUGUUUUGAAUUUGAAACUCCAUCUCCAUGGAAGUGAAAAAAAAUCGUGUGCUCAGGUUCGCGACUGGGAACAGCGUUUGUCAGACGUGCAGACGCAGUUGAAGCAGGAGCGCAUUCAUCUGGACCAGUACCGACAAGCCAUAGGAUGUGAACAGCAGGCGCUACUGAAUUCCAAACAGGAGCUCGCGCUCGAGAUUCAAUACGUCGAAGACUACCGCGCGGAGCUGGAGAAGCUUCGCACGGAUCUCGUCGCGCGCGAAGAAAAGUUUGCUAGCAAACGCCAGAAACAACAGCGGCUCGCUGGCUACGAGGCUCGCGGGCACGCACACACCGUUGCGGCGUAUUCGAACUCGUCGGGAGUCAAGCGCAAUUUGUCUGCAGCCAGCUCAUGCACACCCGCCGGUAAGAGCGCGCAACAAGGCGGCAAGAAAGCUUUAAGUAGUUCUUCAAUGAAGGACCAGAAACCUGGUGUCAACUACUCCCAGCAUCAAGAUAGCAUCACUGUACCAACAGGGGAAAAGCAGGUAAAAACGUGUGUCUUUACUUUGAGGUAAUUCUAAUUUCAUGUUCACAAACAACAGAAGAGAAACCUGCCAACAGAUCGCGUCACAGCUCGAGCGACAAAUUUGCGUUUAUGUGAUUUCUGUACUAGUACUAGGUCCUGAAAUUUUUGGUGCAAGUGCGACUACCGUCGAAAGAAAUUCUUUCGCAUACCUUCACAGGGGAAGUUCAGCUUGGUUGCGACUUCAGAUUUGGAACGGCUGGAUGGGCGUAUCCGGAGGUUUGCCCGCAUGCUCCGGUUAUCAGAUGUAAAAAUGUCUGGGUCUGGAAAGCUGGAACUUGUGAUGCUAACUUUGGACUCUAGAAAAAUCUGUAUUGCAUGACCAGCAAGAGGAGUCCAGUUUCUGCUACGCAGGGAGGCCAUUUGUCAUGCGGAAUAGGCAUCAAGAAGCACUCGGAAAAUCUGUGAUGCCAGGGAAUACAUCACAGACGUCACGGGCCAUGUAAAAUCUACAUGACAAGUUCGGAUCCUUCCAGACCCCGACAUUUUUGCAUUUGAUACCGGUGGGAUUGCGAGUCGAAGGUGCGGAACCUGGAGGAUGAGAAUACGAGGCUGCAAAACGAAAAUCAGAUUCUCAUGGACGAGUUGCGCCGCAGUUGCGUCACCACCAAGAGCAGUCUGUACAAGUCCAGCAACUCGCAACUUUCUGCUGCAGUACAACAUCAAAACCAGAACGCGAUGAACCAUGCUGUUCCGCGUCCACAGAUGAUCGUUUCUGCAGAUCAAAGAAGACCACAGGUCGCAGAUGAGCACGGAGCCACUACAUGUGCAAAUGAUGGCGCAACUGCUGCUGCAAGAACUACAUCACGUACGGCUGCGCCUCCUGGUUCCGCGGUGAUUUUUGCUGCCCACAGCACCGACGCGCACACCAACGUACUCGAACAGAAGGCCACAUCACUCAGUUGCUCUCCCGAUUCUGCCCAAUCCGUCAAGGAAAAAGUGCAGCACUGGGAAGCCCUAGUCGGCCGAGAGGCAACUUCUCUGAACGUCGCUCCGGGUGGUUCGGUGGUGCAUUCGCCGGUAGAAUUAGAAACCCAAUCUAGUCAACCGCGGCUACACGACCAGAUGCUGCAGCAGCGGGAGGUCGCUCCGAAGAUGCAGCAGCUGUAUCAUGCCGAGAAGGACGAUUAUCAGCAGGACAACUUGUCCAGUUUCUCUUCGGGAAAAUUCAAUCAGGACUUGCAGGACCGAAACUCUUCGACAAGAUCCAGGGUCGCCUACAACGACAGGAUGAUCUCGUCGGGUUGCUCGGAGCGUGCGUCAGGCAACCGUAAUCAGCACUCCGCUGCCGACGUGCCGAUGUCCACGACAAGCAACGGUUCCCCACUUCAACCGAUCUACUCGGCAAAGCCGGAAACGAGGACUGCGAGCAGUGGUACUUGCAAAGAUGAAGCGGUCGCCCAUCAUGCUCCUGAUGCCGACGGCGUAUCAAGCAACACUUUAGUUCUUCAGCAGGCGGCCACCGAGAACAACAAUUCACGAACAUCAAGUUUCUCGCGUUCGCAGAUGUCUCUGGUGCGACAGCACUCGAAAAGUGCUAAUAAAGAGCUCUCUGUCCACCUCGCUGAACAAGAAAAAAAGCCGGGAUCAAGUAGACCGGCGAGUUCAACUACGCUGCCUUUACAAAGGGUGUCUAGCACAUCAAACUCCUCUACCUCGACGUCGCAUUCGGAUGCGUUACAUGACCUUCCCUACCCGUCCAACAGUCUUCAGGACAACACGUUGUAUGUAGUGAGGUCACGAACGUUCUAUCCUAGCGGUUUUUUUGACAUGCAUCACGCAAAACGACCGGCAGUUUUCAAGCGGCCGGAAGUGUUUUUAACAAAAAAAGUUUUCAAUUAUCAAGCGGCCGGGGCGUUUGCGGCAAAAUAGCCCGGGCGGAUUCUAUCGAUUCCCGCUUGAUAAAACGACGCAGGGGAGCCGGCAAAAGGGGCGCCCUUCUGAGGCGCCCACCGCCUUAGUUUCUGGCGAUUUGCGGCGCCCAAAAAUGGGCGCCCAAAAAGCAGCACUCCGAAAAAAACAGAGAAUCCGCAUGGUAUGGGCCUCAUUUUUCCCCACAUUCGGGCCGCGCAAAAGACGCCUUCAAAAUCCGCCAUUUCAGAGGCGGACUGAAGACCAGAAGAUGCAGCAUUUUGCCAAAAAAAAAACAAAAAAAACAAAGUCCGCCAAAAGCAAAAAGCCAAUCCGCAUGCUAUGGGCCCGAUUUGGGGCUCCCAAGGGGCCGACCCUGGCGUGGGCCCUGGCGGGGCCAUAGCAUGCGGGGACGGUUCUUCGAUUCGAAACCAAAUGGGGGCCGCCUCUGGAUUGAGAUUUUUAGCGACCGCCGUGCCGUCGUGCAUAACAUUACUCACGAUGGCAUGGUGGGCAGAGAAGUUGCGUCCUUUUUUGGCGUGAAGACAAAAAGACCGCCAUGACCUCACUACCUCCGCGGACGCGGCUAUUAUUGGUUUGAUGUCAGCCGCCACAGCACCCUGCUCCUGGACGGCACGCGGAUGCGCACGCAGCUAGACUGCCACCUGGAGGGGACGCCGAACGUCGCGCCGGACGGCCUGGCCGGAGACCAGGAGCGCCGGGACGCGGAGCCACCAAAACAGCGACCGCCGCCGUAG